AUGUUUUCUAUUGAUUUGACUAAAAGUUUGGAUAAAUUGUUUGAAAAUUUGUGCGGAGAGCAAUUUUGGAACGGAGAAGAUUUUUGGAGAAACGAAACUCCAGAAUUCACGAAUUGUUUUCUAUGGAUCAUUCCAAUCUGGAUACCUUGCAUAUUCAUCAUCGCCACAGCUCCUGCCUACAUGCUCCUCUAUUUGAAAAGGAUUGAAACUCAAUCGAAAGUAAAAGUUUCCUCACUGGCGAACAACUUGAAAGUGAUUUUCUCGAUAUGCCUGACGCUAAUGAGUGCCUCCUGCUUUAUAUACUCCACCGUGUUGUACAUGAAUGGCAGUUUGCACGUUGUGACGGUCGUCAGCACUGCACUCAUGACAUUAGCCUUUGUUAGUAUUGGUAGUCUGCUCACUAAUGAGUACAAUUAUAUUAAAUAUUGCCUCUUUUAUGCCCUGUCGGUGUUGAUUUUGGCGAUGGAAGGCAAGAAACAGCUCGUGACCUCGCUCUAUCAUUUCAUAUUUUCCUCAUUAACUUUUGCUAGUGCCAUAUUUUAUGUGUUAAUUCUUCUGACGUGCAAGGAGAGAUUCAAAUUUGCAGAGGCGUCGAGGCAAAUACUAACGGUUGUCAUCACGGCGAGCUUCACCUUCAGUAUUAGCUGCUUGUUCAUUUUAAACUGCUUCGCCAGUUAUGAUCCUGCCCAAGCUACCGACCGAGUAUGUUGCCAUUGA